AUGAUUUCAUCAGGUUGUAUUGAUAAAAUUAAAUAUAUUUAUCAAUUGCCAUUUUUUGAACGAUCUCAUCUUUGUAAAAUACUCAAUCGAUAUGAGUAUUGGGAAGAACUUGCUGGAACAUGGAUGCAAUAUGAUGUGUUCACAAUACAAAGUUUGCGAAAAGAAAAGAAUCCAACAGAUGAAUUAUUAACAAUAUGGGGUCAUCACAAUCAUACCAUAUUGGAAUUAUUUGUUUUACUGUCUAGAAUGCAGCAUUAUCAAGCUAUGAUACCAUUAAAACCAUUUGUUGAAGAAAAAUUUCAUAAGUUACUUUAUAAUGGAGAAGGAAAUCUUCAUAGAGUACUUGGAAAACGUUUGAAUAAAAAUACAAAAGAUUUAAAAAUAGGAACACAGAAUUUUAAUCAAAUUGUACCACCAGAACCAAAUUUACCAAAAAUUAUUAUACAAGAAAAUACUAAAGAGGAAUCUCAUAAGAUUUUGAAUCAACCAAUGCAGAUUAUUCAUGUUGGAGUGACUCCAAGUAAUUCUAAUAAUUUGCUUGUUGCUUCUUUAGCAGUAGCAAAUCCUGUACCAGCUUCUUUACAACAUGUUCUAACUAAUGGAAAAAAAGAUAAUGAUGCAGGUAUUCUCACAACAGAAGCAACUAUACCCCAUGCUACUUAUAACGAAUUAAGUGUAGCUACUAAUGACUGGAAUAAAUAUAAUAUAUUAGGAAGAGGUGGUUUUGGGACUGUGUAUAGAGGUAUUUGGAAAAAUACAGAUGUAGCGAUUAAAAAAAUAGAAAAACGAGAAAUAGAUUCCGAUGAAAGUCAUAUACUUCAACUUCAACAAUCUUUAAGAGAAAUUAAAAUUUUAAACUCCUGUCGACAUGAAAAUAUUUUAGCACUAUAUGCAUAUAGUUUAGAUGGUAAAAUACCUUGUCUUAUUUAUCAACUUAUGAAAAAUGGAUCUUUAGAAGAUAGGUUAUUAGUAAAACAGAAAAGUCAACCAUUAUCUUGGAUUCAGCGUCAUGAAAUAGCCAAAGGAACAGCACGUGGUUUGCAAUAUUUACAUACGGUUGGAGAGAAGCCUUUGAUACAUGGUGAUAUAAAGAGUGCUAAUAUCUUGCUUGAUGAAAAUUUUGUACCUAGAAUUGGUGAUUUUGGUUUAGCUAGAGAGGGUCCUGAGAGUGAUUCUAUGAAAGUGAGUAAAAUUCAUGGCACUAGGCCAUAUCUUCCAGAAGAAUUUUUACAUGGACGCAAAUUAUCUACCAAAGUAGAUACAUACAGUUUUGGCAUAGUUUUAUUUGAAUUAGCUACUGGCUUACUAGCUUAUGAUAAAUCUAGAUUGGAAAAUAGAUUUUUAAAAGAUAUUAUUGACAAAUGGGAAGAUAAAGAUCUUUCUUUAUUAAUAGAUAAAAAAGCAGGUGAGAGAAAUAAGCAGGUGUAUAGGAAUCUAAUGAUGUUGGGAAAAUGGUGUGCUAAUCAUAUGGCACAAAACAGACCUGAAAUGGAUUAUGUAUUUAAAAAAUUAAAUGAUUUAUGA